GUGGAAUCGACUCUUGGAAGUGACUCCAUCGAAUUCCCUGACUUGGCAUCGGAAUCGGAAUCGACUCCAAACUUUGUGGAAUCGAACAGCCUAUGGCCCUUUCCAAUAUGGCGGACGCACUGGCGUGUCACUAUUAGCUAGCAACGCAGAGUCUAGUGUUUUGAAAUCCACAGCGCGUAGUCCCGCUUACUUUUCCGCCAGGGUUUGAACGGUUGGUGAUUACAUGGAGGCGUUUACGCUUUUGCAACGUUCUUAAGCUAGUAGCAAGUAAUAAUGUAACUAAGAAAUCAUUCGUUUCAUAUUCAGAACGACGAUAAUAAUCUUGAACAGUAAAUUUGAGAUGAGAUGAGAUGAGCUGAGCAGUGCAUUUCGCUUUGCUGUUUGUUUGGAUUGUGUACGAGAAAGCGGUUGAAACAUGUCUCUACCUCCGGAGAAAGCUUGGGAACUAAAACAGAUCAUUCAGAAUCACCUGAGUAAGAUGGAUAUCCAGGGGAAGAUUAGGGAUGUGGUAGAGGAGGCAGUGAGGUGUGAGGGGGACCGGGGCGAGCAGCCUCUCUCUCAGGAGGAUCUGCUGACCGAACUGCAGCGCAGGGGCAUCGUGGAGGACGCCAUGAAGCAGCUUAGCUUCACUAAUGCAAGUUUGCAAGUUCUCCCUGCACCUCAAGGAUUUCCUCCUGGAUCUCCGGUUUCCUCCCCUACUCCAAUGACAUGCGCUGCACUUUCACAAACAGAGGGGGAGGAUCUGAACAAGUCUCCAGCUCGUGUAACUGAGAAAGAUGUUACACAGCUUAAAACAGCCAAUAUCAAUCCACUGAGGAGAUACUUGUACCUGCAGGUUCUUGGGGGAAAGGCCUUCCUCGAGCACUUACAGGAGCCAGAGCCUUUACCUGGUCAGGUGUGUUCUACCUUCACACUCCACCUUCACUUCCGCAACCAACGCUUUCACUCCAAACCUGUGCCUUGUGCCUGUGAUCCAGACUUACAAGAGGGCUUUCUUCUAGAAGUACACCGAGAUGGUCCAGGUGACGCCAGUAAAAUGGCUGAUGCCACCACUAUGUUGUCCAUUUGUGACCCGGUGCACAUGGUGUUGAUACGGACAGACACCGCAGGAGACACGACGCUCAUCUCUUCUUAUUUCUUGGACUGGCGAUCUGUCCUCAGUGCCCCCAAUGGAAAGACAUCAGUCUCUGUGGAGCUGCUUGGUGUAGGCAGUGAGUGUAAAGUGCCCGCUGGUGUUCUUAACCUCAAGCUGGAACUGUAUCCUCCCCUCAGUGAAACGCUGAGCCCUGAAGUCAUCAGCACACAGCAAUCACUGGAGCGCCAGAAGACCGCAGAGAAAGAGCGUUUGUUUCUGGUCUAUGCUAAGCAGUGGUGGAGGGAGUUCUUAGAAAUACGACCUUCUCACCAAUCCAAGCUGGUUAAGAUCUUUGCACAAGAUGAGAAUGGGGUGAACCGACCAGUGUGUUCAUAUGUACGCGUGUUGCGUGCUGGACGGUUGUUGGAAAGUCCACGGCAGGCGGCUCGCUUUGUGAGUCUGCUGGCUCAGGAGAGGGCGCCUGUUCUGGGGGGAGGAACACGUCAGGAGCAGUGGUGCACUAUGAUGGCAUUCCUGUGUAGGAACAAGGGUGAUUGCGAGGACCACGCCACACUGCUGUGUAGUCUCCUGCUGGGCUUUGGCCUGGAUGCUUAUGUGUGUGUGGGCACCAAAGCUAAAAAUAUCCCCCACACCUGGGUUAUGACUUGUGGUACCGAUGGCACUGUCACUUUCUGGGAGAGUCAGACUACACACAGGUACGUACAUCAGCUGAUAGACCCUGAGGCUCCUCCACUAGUUCCUCAGCCCAAACCCACCUACCCAUACCGCACGAUUGGUUGUGUUUUCAACCACAAGACUUUCUUGGCUAACUGCCAGCCUUCAGACUCAGUGGAGUUGUGUGUGUUUGACUUCACGGAUGCGUCUCGCUGGAAAGCUAUGAGCAAAGAGGCUGUUUGUUCAGUUUGUGCCCCCAGUUCCAUAUCCUCUCUUCCUCCUACUCCUCCUCUCUGUCCACCCUCAGUGCAGGCCAGCGAUGCCAGCAACCAGCUAGAGCUUGAGCUACGCUACUUGGUUACUGAGCACAGGAAGGAUAUUGGUCUGGCUACAGUGUGGGAUGAUCACCUGUCAUAUCUGCUGUCAUCUGCUCUGGCAGCCUAUGAGCUGGAGCGCUGUAUGGGCAUAUCAUGUGGAAAUGAGGAGUUUCAGGAUGCUGUUCGGAGAGCUGUACCCGAUGGACACACAUUUAAAGGCUUUCCUAUUCAGUUUUUACACCGUAAUGCACGCAGAGCUUUUGCUACCUGCCUCAGGUCACCGUUCUGUGAGGAGGUUGUGUCUUGUCGAGGAGAUCAUGUUCGUCUGGCAGUGCGGGUGCGUGUGUUUCCCUACGUCGAAUCAGCCUGUGCUGUCUGGAUCAUGUUUGCCUGCAAGUACAGAUCAGUGCUGUGAUCUGUGGCCAACGUUGUGUGUGUGUGUGUUUGUGUAAAAUAAUAGUAAGAUGUGAUUUUGUUGGGACAUUUGUUUGUUCUCCAUAGAAAAUGGCUUUUAUUUUUUUUAUUUUUGUAUUUUACAAAAGUACUUACGAGCUCAACGAUUUUUUGGCAAUAUUUAGCUAUGUUAGUACACAGUCCAGAUGAAAUGGUCCUUGAAUAGUGUGUUUGAGUUUGUGCUACGCAUUUUAGAAUAUUUGCUUGUUGAAUAUGUGCUUGUAUUAAACUAUGUGACUUUUUCUAUCAUGUAUGUGUGUUUGGGGGUGGGGGUCAGGGGGUUAAAGUACAGUGGGUUUGGAACAUAUUCAGACACUUUCAGUUUUUGUACAGUUUAAUUUUUUAACAAUUAUGUUAAAUUGAAUCUACGCACAAUAAAUCAAUGACAAAGCGA